AGAUGUCAAAGUUACACAAAAAAAAAGAAACACUCCAACAAAAUACGAAGCCGUAGAACCUACCCAAAGAAGUAUCUGAAAACGCAAUCUUUCUGGCAACAAGUGUAAUUUGUUAGGCAAAACAAUGUGUUUUCUGAAUUGAACCCGAAGCCACACGCGUGUUAAAGAGUUAAAGCACGCAGCGGAAGUGAAAAACUGCGCGACGGAAAAAAGUGAAAACUGCAGUAUUGCGUCUGUGCGUACAGUGUUCGUGGUUCGGAUUUGCCAUUUGACGAAUGUGAAAAUGAACUGUUCCAAUCAUGAUUCCAUCAUUAUCCGUACGGUGACACAAAAGUUCCGUGAAGGCGAAUCCGUGCUGGCCAUACUAGCCGCGUACCAAAUCGUUGGCAACAACUUCCAAAACCGGCUGCUCGUUACGGUCAGCUCCAGCGAAUCGGCGGCACUGUUUUCAUUUUCCGUUUCCCGCGAACCACCGGAAAGCAUAUCGGACCUAACGAUUGUGGCCGUGGUCCCCAUAAAUGAAUCAUUUUUCGUGAACACCGAGUCCAGCUUUGGUUCCGUGUCCAGCCAUCAGUUUACCGUGUUCUCGGAGAAUCAGCCCACCACCUACUAUUACCACGCUACCGAAGAAAUCAGCGUAGCGAAGGAACACUUUUUAACUAGUCUUAAAAACCUUAAAGCUUCGUACCGUGCCGUACCGGUGCAUUCGCCGGGCGCAUUUGACUGGCUGCACUACUACAAACCGGCGGACGAGCGGACCGGUCUGCUGGCGAUCGAUCGGAGCGUAGCCGACGGUAGCCAGGCGCCGAAAACACGCGACGCCAAGUUCCGCGAGGAGCUCGAACGGCGGCGGCAUGAGUACACCGUGUACGAACCUUACCACGUGUACACGGCCACCUGGAACGUUAAUGGGCAGACGUCCGAAACGAUCGAGCUGCCGGAAUGGCUUGCCACCACGGACAGUCCGCCCGAUAUCUAUGCGGUCGGGUUUCAGGAGAUUGAAUGGACGCCGGAAAAGAUUCUGAUGAACGAAACCAAAAUCGAUCGAACAUGGGUUGAUAAGGUUAUGAGCGGGCUUCACAAAGGAGCCAUUUAUACCGAGCUCGCCUCGGUACGGUUGGUGGGUAUGAUGCUAACCGUGGCGGUGAAAAGUACCAUCUAUCCGAAGAUAAACGAUUGCCUUACGGCUGCCGUCGGUACCGGAACGUUGAAAUGGGGCAAUAAAGGAGGCGUUGGGGUGAGCUUCAAGCUGAAUGAAGCCCUUUUCUGUUUCGUCAACACGCAUCUGGCCGCGCACACGCAGGAGGUGGAGCGAAGGAAUGACGAUCACGACGACAUUAUACGGCGCAUGUCGUUUGACAAUGGCUUUCGAAUGCGGUCGAUCGAUGAGCAUCAUCAUAUAUUUUGGAUCGGUGACUUAAACUACCGUUUAGACGGACCGGAAGUGUCUCAGGAGUACGUUAACCGGAAGGAUCGCGACUACAAUCAGCUGUACCAGCAUGACCAGCUGUACGUGGAAAAGCGCCGGAAUCGCAUCUUUCGAGACUAUAAGGAGGGCAAGAUUCUUUUCCCACCCACCUACAAAUACAACCCCGGCACGGAUGAGUGGGACAGCAGCGAAAAGAGCCGUACGCCUGCCUGGUGCGAUCGCAUCCUAUGGAAGGGCCAGCGGAUAGAGAUGUUGCGGUACAAUAGUGUCAUGCAGCUGCGCAAAAGUGAUCACAAACCGGUUUAUGCAGACUUUAAGGUCGAUGCCCAAGCAAAAGACCAAGCAAAACUGAAGAAAGUAAGCGAAGAAGUGCUGAAAACUGUCGACAAGUACGAAAACGACAAUCAACCACAGAUUACGGUGGAACAGACCGAUCUCGACUUUGGCUUAAUUCGGUUCAAUGAAAAGUACUCCCGCGAGCUGCUGGUAGCGAACAACUGCCAUCUGCCGGUACGUUUCCGGUUCGCCUGCAAGGACGAUCGGAACAGCCAGGUGUGCGAGGAUUUCAUUCACAUUAGCCACAGCAAAGGCGAACUGCUGACCGGAAACAGUCUGAGCAUUCGGAUCGACAUACUGGUUAAUGCACCGGCCGCCUCCAAGAUGCUGCGCAAGCUAAAAGACGCGCAGGCCGGCUCGAAGGUACCGCUCGAUAUACUGGUGCUGCACGUGGAAAACGGGCGUGAUAUAUUUAUUACCAUUUUCGGCGAGUACAAGCCGAGCUGCUUCGGGGUGUCGCUCGAUACGCUAAUGAAGCUGAACAAGCCGGUAUCGAUGUACGCGAUCCACGAGCUGGUUUCGUUAGAUCACGAGGAAAAGCUGAUCGAUCUGGUCGGGGACGAUGUGGGGGGAAGUAAUCUUCGCUUUCCGCGCGAAAUCUGGCGCCUGGUGGACAAUCUGCGCAAGAUGGGACUGCAGACGCCUCAGCUGUUCACGCUGGACCGGAAGCUGGGACAGUCGGAUGCGGCUAACCUGCUCGAAAUACGCGACUGGCUGGACAGCUGGUCGACGGAUGAUUUCCCCGGUACACCACACACAACGGCCGAAGCGCUACUGAUGAUGCUGGAAGCCCUUCCCGAGCCGGUUGUGACGAUCAACGAACGGGAGUGUAUCAUAGCGUCCGAUAAUUUCGAACGCUGCAAGGAGCUGCUGCGCACCAAACUUAAAUCCGUCAAUCGGAUCCUUUUUCUGUACAUUUGUCUCUUUUUGCAGGAUUUCUGGAAUGCGAACAAGUCAAUCCGGAUCGAUACGAUUGCGGGUCUUUUCGGUCGAAUACUGAUUCGUAGCCAGUUGCCGGCGAAGCCGGAAUUUAGCAACAGUAUUUACGCCUAUUCCGAAGGGGAGCGAGACCAGCGGCGACGGUUCAUGAUGACGCUGCUCAACAACAAUGUGCGUGAGUUUGCUCGCCAGGAAAUGAAUACACUCUGAAACGGUGGAAUUCUGGAAUUACCCUCAAUGGGAGCGUGCAAGCGCGCCAACCUAAUCGUCGAGAUAAAAGUGUAUAGGCCGCUUGGCGGUUUGUUUGCGGGUGAUGUUAGGUACCACGGUUUGAAGUAGCUUACACUCGACCAUAAGUUUCGUGUUUGUGUUAAAUUCAAUCUAAUCUCACCAUAACACACCUUACUACUACACUCGUCCGUUUUGGAGAGCAUUUGUGUACUCAUAUUGAAGUUGAAACCCAGCCCGUGUUGUAAACGUUAUGUGUAAAGAAGCAACUGCAAAAAAUACACAAAAUACAAUGUGAAAUGCUAUA